AUAUGUGAUCUUACUUCAGAAAAUGAAAGUGUUCAAAAUUCAUUAGAUUUUUCUGAAUCUAACGAUGAUAGUGAAGAGGACAUAUACUAUACGAAAGGAGUAGAUAAUUCUGAAAAAGACUUCGAAUACGAAUUUCAUUAUGUAGAUGAAUUUCGUGCUGAAAUUCAUAACAAUGUAAUCACAUUAACAAAGAAUGAAUUAAUUGAAGCAUGUGAUUAUAAUGUAACAUUUAAAGGCGAAAAGGCUGCAGAGGCUGGAACUCAGUUAAAUACCGAUUCUGAAAUAGAAACUGAUAUGUUAGAGGACGAUUGUUUAGAAACUCCAAAAAACAAAAAUCAAGUUCCCAAAGUAUCCAAUCUUACUGUAGAAGAAACUCAAAUAGCUGAGAGUGUUUUAAAAAUUCGUACUGCCAAUUAUUGUAAUAUACAUAACCGGGCAUGCUUAAAUGUGGAUAAAAGUAAGGAGUACUAUAUUGAAAUUACUUUUAUGAUGUUAUCUACUUGGGCGUCAGAAAUAAACAAAGGGUUGGCUACACCCACAGAACCACCAACACAUCCAUUAUUCGCAUAUAAUUAUUUGUCUAAAAAGAGACCAAGUUUACAACUUUCUAAUUCAGAUAGAUUAUUAUCUCAAUCUUCAAGUUCUUGCCUAUUUCCAAAUUCAUAUAUUCCAACACCAUUUUAUAAUCCGUUGCAAAUGGUUCCAACUUUCACUUCUUCCUAUUCAGAUUUAGAGCCAACACCAUAUACCACAAGAUUAUCUAUACCUACUAUUGGUGAAUUCUUAAAAUCAAUUGAUGAAAAUGAAAAUACUGAUGAUUAUUAUCAAAGUUUUCUAUUGAAAUUUGAGCAACAGCGAAUUUCAGUACGAAUACUUUCAAAAUUAUCAAAUGAAGAAUUUGAAAAAUGUGGUGUAGACACUAUUGGAGCACGACAAACACUUU